AUUCACCACCACCAACCAACAGAACUACAAGUUGGUGAACUCACAGGUUUGUUAACAUCUGAUUUGGGUUCUCUUAAAGAUAUUGUCAGUGAGAAUGUCUCAAGGGAUCGUGGAUUCAGGGCAUUAUCUGAGGUCAUUGGAACAAUAUUCAUACUUUUUUCUUUAUCCCCACAACUGGCACCCAUUCUGGGUGUUCUGAUGCUUGCAGUUUCCAUUUCAAUCGCUGUCUACAAGAGAUCUACUUUGCCGGUUUUUAAAGCACAUGGGAUGGCCCAAGCAUCUAUAUCUGAUUGUGUAACAGAAACAUUUUCUGCUAUUCGAACAGUAAGAUCCUUUGGUGGUGAAAAGCGCCAAAUGUUUUCAUUUGCUAGCCAGGUUCUAUCUUUCCAAUCAAGUGGGAUAAAGCUUGCAAGUUUCAAAUCUGCAAAUGAAUCCUUGACUAGAGUUGCUGUUUAUAUUUCUUUAACAGCAUUAUAUGUUCUUGGAGGAAGCAAGGUUAAGGCGGGCGAGCUCUCUGUUGGAACCAUGGCAUCUUUUAUUGGAUAUACUUUCACUUUAACAUUUGCUGUUCAAGGAUUGGUUAAUACUUUUGGAGAUCUUCGUGGAACUUUGGCUGCUGUUGAGAGGAUCAACUCUGUUUUGUCUGGAGCUCCAGUUGAUGAUGCCCUUGCUUAUGGCUUAGAAAGAGAACUGAAACAAAAAACAAUGGAUGAUGAAAGCUAUAAAUUGGUCUUAUCUAAUAUUUCUACUGAGAAUAACCAAAAGAAUUAUUUACAUUACAUGUCAGCUCUUAAAACAUCAAGCAAUUUGUGUAACUUAGCUUGGUCUGGAGAUAUUUGUCUUGAAGACGUAUAUUUCUCUUAUCCUUUAAGGCCAGAUGUGGAAAUCUUAAAUGGCCUAAAUUUAAGGCUAAAAUGUGGAACUGUAACUGCUCUGGUGGGUCCUAGUGGUGCCGGAAAAAGUACAGUAGUACAGUUAUUGUCUCGUUUUUAUGAGCCUACAAGAGGUUGUAUAACAGUUGCAGGAGAGGAUGUCCGAACAUUUGACAAAAGUGAAUGGGCCCAGGUUGUCUCUAUUGUAAAUCAAGAGCCUGUUCUGUUUUCGGUGUCUGUUGGAGAAAAUAUAGCAUAUGGGCUUCCAGAUGAAGAUGUUUCUAAAGAAGAUGUGAUUAAGGCAGCGAAAGCUGCAAAUGCUCAUGACUUUAUAAUUUCACUUCCACAAGUUGGUUUGUCUUCUAGGGCUAUGAUACACUUGUUGGCGAGCGUGGAGGUCUACUGAGUGGAGGACAGAGACAGGUACAGUAGAGUUCACAUAUAAGACCCUUUUCCUUGGAUGGCAAUAGCAUUUUACAUGCGAACCCAUUAGAAGGUUCUUGAGUCUUGGUUCUAAAUUGCAGAGAAUUGCUAUUGCCCAAGCUCUCCUAAAGAAUGCUCCUAUCCUUAUACUUGACGAGGUGCUGUUAUUUGUUUAAUAUUGCAACCGUUUCUGCUGUAUUAUUGUUGCGUCACCACUACUUUCACCAUAUUUCUGUCAUUCUCAUUUAACUCGCUCAAUGAAUGUUUUAUUUAUAGGCAAUUGUUAAUAUAUUAACUUAUAUUUUUA